CUCCUCCCCACCGUCAUCCCCUCUUCAUUACCUCCCCAGGCCCAGCUAGAGGCCCAGAGGGCGACGGGGGAGUUCCAGAGGGCGGUGGAGAUCCUGCGGGCGGCUAAAGAGACCAUCGCCCUGGCAGAGGAGAGACUCCUGGAGGAGGACAGCAGACAGUUUGAUUCAGCCUGGCAGGAGAUGCUCAACCACGCCACCAACAGGGUGAUGGAGGCGGAGACGACGAGGACUCGUAGCGAAUUAGAGCACAGAAAGACGGCGAACCACUACAACGCCUGCAUCAGUCAUAUGAGACAGCUGGAGAAGAAACUAAAACGCACCAUCAACAAGUCCAGGCCAUAUUUUGAACUGAAGGCAAAAUACUACCUACAACUUGAGCAACUAAGACGACACGUAGACCAGUUUCAGGCCAAGCUGACCGUUGCCAAGGCAGACUACCGCACAACGCUGCGUAACCUAGAGACCAUCUCCGAGGAGAUCCACUCCCGGCGACACUCCAUCACCAUGGGAACCAGAGGGAGGGGCGUGGGGGCUGAGGGGGAGGGGGGAAGUGAGGACAUCACCAACUUCAAGAUGGAGUCAGAUGGACUGUCCAUGGCAUCUGUGACGUUUGAUGAAGGCGGUAACGGUGGUGGAUCAGAGGAAGAGACAAAAACACACUCCUCUUCCUCCUCCUCUUCUCCCUACCCCUCCACCCCUCUGGACCUGCCCUGCUCCUACCCCUCCUCCUCUUCUCCCUACCCCUCCACCCCUCUGGACCAGCCCUGCUCCUACCCCUCCUCAUUCUCCACCCCCUCUGCCUACCUCUCCCCCUGCCCGUCCCUCAUGUCCUCGUCCUGUCCCAGUGCCAUGGAGGGACCCAGUCCUGGCGGCUGGCUAAGCCCAGCGUCGAGGUGUGGAUCUCCUCUCCUCGGCCCCCGCUCCCAGUGCAGUGGAGCCUCCUCCCCAGACUGCGACCAGGAAAGAGGUGUGUGUGUGUGUGUUCCGGUGACUUUGUGUCUAUAAAUGUGAUAAUUGUUU